UUGGCAGUCAUGUCGGCGCUGAAGUCAGGGUGCUCAGUGUUAGAGUAGUAAAAAUUCAGUUUAAAAUAACAAAUUCUGUAUUUUUUGUACUCAAGUAUUCAUCAGUUCGAGAUUAUGUGUUGAGGGAAGGCGAGGUGUUCACUGCAGUAUCGGUUUAUUUUCAGAUCUCUCAGGUCUCUGUUUGAACCAUGGCAUCGCUAUCAGAGGAGGUGCUGCUGGUGGUGAAAAAGGUUCGCCAGAGGAAGCAGGACGGCACACUUUAUCUGAUGGCUGAACGUAUAGCCUGGAGUCCAGAGGGCAAGGACCGCUUCACCGUCAGCCACCUAUACGCAGAUAUUCGCUGUCAGAAGAUCAGCCCAGAUGGUAAAGCCAAAGUUCAGCUCCAGCUGGUCCUUCACACCGGCGAGAGUACCACAUUCCACUUUGCCAAUGAGAGCAGUGCACUCAAAGACCGAGAGGCUGCUAAGGAACUUCUGCAGCAGCUACUGCCCAAGUUCAAGAAGAAAGCCAACAAGGAACUAGAGGAGAAAAACAGGAUGCUUCAAGAAGAUCCAGUGCUUUUCCAGCUGUACAAAGAUCUUGUGGUGAGCCAGGUGAUCAGUGCUGAGGAGUUCUGGGCCAACAGGUUAGGGGGUGUAAACAACUCAGACCCUGCGCUAUACAACAACAAACAGGAAGUUGGUAUAUCUGGAGCCUUUCUGGCAGACAUUAGACCUCAGACAGAUGGCUGCAAUGGCUUGAGAUAUAAUCUGACAGCUGACAUUAUUGAGUCCAUCUUCAGAACAUACCCUGCAGUGAAGCAGAAGUAUAGUGAAAAUGUGCCUCAUAACCUGACGGAGAAGGAGUUCUGGACCCGCUUUUUCCAGUCCCAUUAUUUUCACAGAGACCGCAUCAACACAGGAACACAGGAUAUCUUCUCAGAGUGUGCCAAGCAGGAUGAAAAGGGAUUAAAGUCGAUGGUGGUUCAAGGAGUGAAGAAUCCUUUGGUUGACCUCCUGUCGUUAGAGGAUAAAACAUUAGAUGAGGGUUAUGGAAUUAGCACAACACUGCCCUCAACUUCCAACGCAAACAGGACAGUGAAGGAGAGCAGCAACUAUGCCAUUAUAAAGAGGUUCAACCAUCACAGUGCCAUGGUCCUUGCAGCAGGCUCACGCAAGGGGGAAACACCAACUGACCAAGCUAGUGAGACAAGCAGCACAGAUGGAAACUCGAGGGAUUCUGACUUCUUUCAACCUCCUGUAAAGAAGGUAAAAUUACAAGAAGCCAUAGAAUAUGAGGAUCUGCAAAGGGAAAACAGACAAAAAACAGUCGCACUGAACCUCAAGAAGUCUGACAGGUAUGCUCAUGGUCCCGUGCCACUUCAGUCCCAACAGUAUACGACAAGCCAGGAUAUCAUCAACUCUGUCAACUACAUCCGGCAUGAGAUGGCCAAUUACAAACCCAGCCUCGGUCAGGUGUUGUCCAGCACAGCAGCUACUUCUGCCAUUGCAGCGCUUUCUCCUGGGGGUGUCCUCAUGCAGGCAGGAGCACAGCAAGCCAUAAACCAGAUGAUACCCACUGAGGUUCAAGGAGAGUUGAAGCAUCUUUAUGUAGCUGCUGGAGAGUUAUUGAGACAUUUCUGGUCCUGUUUUCCUGUAAACACGCCAUUUUUGGAGGAGAAGGUGAUGAAAAUGAAGUCAAACCUCGAGAGAUUUCAGAUGACCAAGCUUUGUCCUUUUCAGGAGAAGAUACAGCGCCAGUACUUAAGUACAAAUCUCACAGGACACUUGGAGGAGAUGUUGCAGACAGCCUACAACAAGUUCCACGUCUGGCAAACCCGUCGGAUGAUGAGGAAAACCUGAGGUCUGAUGGUUUGUCAAAAAAAAAGAGGACAAGGAAGACACUAGAGUAUAUGGACAAAUGACCUGUGAAGGUCUUCCAGACUGCUGUGAAGAGACCACAGACCACAGCCCGAUGGGACAUAGUCCAAGGGGGCUUAAUGAUAGGGACAUAGAUGGACGCUGCUACAUCCCCAAAUGUUCAACAGAGACUAACUGCAUCUCAGUCACAAACUGUAAUUAGUUUCUUUCUUUUUAGUUUGUGUUUUCACCGUGGUUGAGAGAUUGUUGCCAGUAACGGUUAAACAGGACUUUUAGAAUGGUGUAACAUGACCAAAUUUCAGAUGGAAAUCAGAAAAAGGCUCUCAGGACAACAGGCUGGGGUUUGAGAUGCAAGCAGAGGACUGCCAACCUGUGUUUCAUCAGUGCACAGAGCAGAGAAAGAGAGCUUGGACAUUAGAAGGAGCCCCCUCUGAGCACUGGCUCGAUUUGUGGAACAACGUUCCAGAGAAUCUGAAGCAGAAAGGGGGAAAUGAAUAUAGCAAUACUGUAAAGACAUUUCACAGUCCAGUGCAGUAGUUAGUGUGACUCAAAUCGCACUGUCACUGGUUUGUAAUGUCUGCACCUUCUGUCUGCACUGAAGACGAAAACGUAACUGAAUUAAAGUGAGGCGUAAAGCUUUUGUUCAUGCCACUGUC